AUGCCUCCCAAAGGAAAAUACACCGACCCAAAGCUCCGCGAAGAAGUCAAAGAAGAGCUCAAGCAGAGCGACAAAGGCGGCGCGCCAGGGCAAUGGAGUGCUCGAAAGGCCCAAAUGAUGGCCAAAGAAUACAAAAAGCGCGGCGGCGACUACACCACCUCCAAAUCCGACCAGGACGAAUCGCAGGAGCACCUCGAAAAGUGGGGCGAAGAAGAGUGGCAGACGAAAGAAGGGUCGGCGAAUGCGAAGAAAGCGGACGGCACGCAGAAGCGCUACCUGCCUAAGAAGGCGUGGGAGAAGAUGAGCGAGGGGGAGAAGCAGGAAACAGAGGAGAAGAAGCAGGCGGGGAGUAAGAAGGGGAAGCAGUUUGUGGGGAAUACGGGGAAGGCGAAGGAGAAGCGGAAGGAGGCGAAUGAGGAGGAGGAUGAAGCGUUUGAGGAGAGGAAGAAGGGGGAGGAGGAUGGUGAGGAUGAUGAAGAGGAAGAGCAGGAAGAAGACCAGCCCAAGGCCAACACGGGGCAAAAGCGCAAAUCCACCCGCUCCCAAUCCUCCUCCACGGCUACCACUCGCAGCGGCACCGCAGCGAAGAAGCAAAAGCAGACACCCGCGAAAGAAGGCAAAGAGGGCAAUGCACCCCCAGGCAAAGUCGGCUCCAAACACAUGGACGCCAAAGAGCCAGGCAAACGCGGCUCCGCGGACCGCCUGCCGAAGAAAGGCCAGGCGGCGAGUUGGAAGGCGAUGCCAGGCUACGUGCAGGGGAAGGUCAAGGAGGUGUUGACCAAGGGGAAGAAGGUGGAUGGCAAGGAUGUCAAGGCUAGCAAGGAGGACCCGAAAAUUGUGCUCGUGAGUGAUGCGAGUGGGAAAAUCUGCGUGCAUAAGCCGGAGACGUGUUUCUACGAUUGA